AUGAGUUGGCGAUCAGAACGUAUAUGGAUAGAACUUAUAACGGGGUCUCGAAAAACAAGUAAUUUCUGCUGGGCCUUUAUCCUUUUUUUAGGUUCAUUAGGGUUCUUAUUGGUUGGAACUUCCAGUUAUCUUGGUAGGAAUUUGAUAUCUUUAUUUCCGUCUCAGCAAAUAAUUUUUUUUCCACAAGGGAUCGUGAUGUCUUUCUACGGGAUUGCCGGUCUCUUUAUUAGCUCCUAUUUGUGGUGCACAAUUUCGUGGAAUGUAGGUAGUGGUUAUGAUCGAUUCGAUAGAAAAGAAGGAAUAGUGUGUAUUUUUCGUUGGGGAUUUCCUGGAAAAAAUCGCCGGAUCUUCCUCCGAUUACUUAUGAAAGAUAUUCAGUCCAUCAGAAUAGCAGUUAAAGAGGAUAUUUAUGCCCGUCGUAUCCUUGUCCUUUAUAUGGAAAUCAGAGGACAGGGGGCCAUUCCUUUGACUCGUACUGAUGAGAAUUUGACGCCACGAGAAAUGGAACAAAAAGCUGCUGAAUUAGCCUAUUUCUUGCGUGUACCGAUUGAAGUAUUUUGA